ACGGGUAUUACGAAAAUUAGCUUUAGUUUAAGUAAAAAAAUUAUUAUCCUAAGUAUAGUAAAAAUAAAAACGUAUUUUAGAACAAUAACUUUUUAUAUUUUACUUAUUAAUACGCCGUUUUUUUUAUAUUUAAAAAAUAUAAAUUAA